AUGGUUGCAAGUACUCCUGGUGGCGCCAGCCAUAGUACCCCAGUUGUACAAGCGCCAGAAACCAGCAGGGUGGAAGAUGCCAGACAAAGUAUCACCACUCUGCAAAUAGUAAAAAAUAGCACCGGUAGUGCCUGCCGUAGUACUCCGGACGAGCAACCAACAACCAGCAAAUCGGCGGCCGUUGCAGGCAGCAAUCCCGCCUCUAAGAAAAGGAAACCCUCGGGCGUGGUCAUGAGACAGAUGUACCAGAAGGCGCUGUAUAUGUUAAAUAAAAUUGACAAAAAUGCAGCGGCCGGUACGGUACAUGAGCGUGACGAGGAAGACAAGGCAAAAUACAUGCAAAUAGUGGAAGAGUACGAAAAGUUACAGACAGAUCGUGCAGCCACAAUCGAGGCCACCGAAGCAAAGAAACGGAACCGCUCUCAUAAUGAAGGCGGCCAAGGGGCCAUUACACAGAAGGCUAAGCAAGGAGGUGAUGCGGAGUCUGCAGCACCCGCGAAGCAUCGCUAUUUUAGUGACGUCGCCAGAGAUCACCUACAGGCGGCGAUAAUAGAUGAAAAUAGCAAGACACCGCUGGCAGUGCAGCAAAAAUGGGUGGAGAUUGAUGUGAGGCUGUCGAGCCUCGUAAUGAACUACGUACUCGACAACCCCGAAGGUCCUCACCCAGAGUUCCACUCGUCGGAAUCCCUACGGGGAUACCGGGUAGUCAAGUGCGCGAACCAGUUCUCCCUGGAUUUCCUUGCUGGAUGCGUCGCUAAGAUCAGCGACACUUUUGUCGGCUUGAAGCUCAAGCUGAUUCCAGCUAAGGACAUUCCAAGGAGACCACGUGCGCGCAUUUGA